GCGGGCCGCGGGGGGGAUUCUGGGUAACGACCGUGGCCCGCUGGACGGCUGGCUCCGCUGCCGCGGGUUCCACUCUUCGCCCAGGCGGUUUGGCGGUGACGGUUGUAGAGCCGGGGCCGGCCGGACAUGGAGCAGCCGUGGCCGCCGCCGGGCCCCUGGAGCUUCGCUAGGGCUGAGGGUGAGGCUGACGAGGAGAGCGACUUGGACGUGUCCCCCGUUUCGCCGCGCUGCCCGCCCGUGCCAGGCGGCGGCGCCCAGAUAUAUAACCAUGGGAUUGAGCUGGCUUGCCAAAAGCAGAAAGAGUUUGUGAAGAGCUCUGUGGCAUGCAAAUGGAAUCUUGCUGAAGCUCAGCAGAAACUUGGUAGCUUAGCACUGCAUAACUCUGAGUCCUUGGAUCAGGAACAUGCCAAAGCACAAACAGCAGUAUCAGAACUGAGGCAGCGGGAAGAAGAAUGGAGACAGAAAGAAGAGGCCCUGGUUCAGAGAGAGAGCAUAUGGAACAUGGAUGCCAUUAGCAAGGAUGUUUUUAAUAAGAGUUUUAUUAAUCAAGAUAAAGGAAAAACAGAAGAUGAAGAUAAAUCACAGUCAUUUAUGCAGAAAUAUGAGCAAAAAAUCAGACAUUUUGGUAUGUUGAGUCGAUGGGAUGAUAGUCAGAGAUUUUUGUCUGACCACCCCUACCUUGUAUGUGAAGAAACUGCUAAAUAUCUCCUUUUAUGGUGUUUCCACCUAGAAGCCGAGCAGAAAGGAGCUUUAAUGGAACAGAUAGCACAUCAAGCUGUUGUAAUGCAAUUUAUUAUGGAAAUGGCUAAAAACUGUAAUGUGGACCCAAGAGGGUGUUUUCGUCUAUUUUUCCAGAAAGCCAAAGCAGAGGAAGAAGGUUAUUUUGAAGCAUUCAAAAAUGAACUUGAAGCUUUCAAGUCAAGAGUAAGACUGUAUUCUCAAUCACAAAGUUUUCAGCCUCUGACAGUUCAGAAUCAUGUUCCCCAUUCUGGAGUUGGAGCUAUAGGUUCAUUAGAAUCCUUACCACAGAACCCAGAUUAUCUUCAGUAUUCUCUCAACACAGCUCUGUGCAGUUUAAACUCGGUGGUACAUAAGGAGGAUGAUGAGCCCAAGAUGAUGGACACUGUAUGAUUUGCUUGACUGCUGAGGCCAAGUGCUAUUUUGUUACAAGAAAGGAAGAACUUGGCUAUUUUCUUGACACUUUUAUGGGUGCUGCACUUUAUUUUUGUUCAGUUUUUGAUGGGAGAGAAAGAGUACUGAAAUGUUUUAUAACUUUCUUUAUGUGCUGCUAGGUUUUGUUUGUUUUGUUUUGUUUUCUGAAGGGAGGAGUGGUACCGGAUGUUGCAGGAAGUCAAACUGGACUCCCCCACCCCCGCCACUCCCCUUUGGCUACUAAAUUUGCCUUUAACUGUUCUCAAUUUUGGAAUCAAAGUAUGGAAAUCUGCACAAAUGCAAUGUUUACAAGAACUGGUUGAUUCUAGGAGGUAUAUGCUACAUGAUCUUUUUAUACAGAUAUGUACACAUCCUACUCUACAAAAAUAAUUAAAGAUAAAAACAUACUUGUAUCCCACUGCUAAUUUUAGCUGUCAGAUCUGGUGUUUCAUCAUAUUAAAGCAAUAAAUCAGUAGUUGGUAACCUA